AUGUCUGACCCGCAAGGAUCCAAAGCCACCGAAAUCGAGUGUGAAGGCGGCAGUGCCGCUUCAUGCCAGACACCUACAAACGAUCAAGGACCAGACAACCACGAGGCUCCAGUGGAGAAGCUUCCGGACCGGGUCGAGCAACCUGACAAUGCUUAUCUUGUCAAGAUGCCCAGCGAAAUCAUUCUCUCCGUCACGGAGCAUAUGGAUCGGCAGAGCUUGAAAAGCCUGGCCUUGACAUCCUUUGGGUUGCACAUCACCGUACGCGCCGAGUUCUAUCGAAGCUCAAACUACGAGACCUUCCGCCUAGCCUUGGAGGCGGGUGAUUUCGCAACGAUUGAACGAUGUGACGAACACAACGCUGCCCCUGCGGACGCCACCUGGGUGGUAGAGCGUAUAUUAACAUACCGAGGCGAUCAUACGUCCAGUUGCUUUGACUUCAGGCCAAUUGACUCCCUGAUGCUUGCCUUUGAAAGGGACAAGAUGACACCGAGUCAAUGCUACGCUAUGCUAUGGUGGCUGGUGGAGAAGGACAGUGACAUGGCCACAGCCUGCAUCCCCAUAUUCUACUGGAUUGCGGGAAACAUGGGCAAUGAAUUCCAAUUCGCAAAGACCAUGAAGCACAUACCGCACUCGUUUCUACGUGCCUUUGCGGUAGAAACUGACAGGGCCAAGCUCGCCGGCGCUGCCAUCAGCAUUUGCUUCUUGUCAGAGCGAGACUUCAAUUUCCCGCGAGAAAUACUUGUCCAGGGUAACGCCGAGGGUUACGGACACAAGUGCAGGAGCAGAGAGUCACUCUCAGAGUUUGCGCCUCUAAGGUUCGAUGACAAGAGUCCCAUGGAGAGGAUGAUGAGGUCGGCUUGCCCGCCUAUGGUGCUCGAGGCAUUUCUUAAGCGGCUACAACGACAAGGCGCAACACUGACUUCCCCUCUUGAGCGAUGCCCGGAGAGCCUCCGAUGCACCCAACCCUUGAUCUCUCUCACGCGGUUGCCCCCUGACCAAUGCAUGAGCCCAGACGUUGAAGACACCUUGAUGACCAAGUAUUCUAACCUGGUAGUGGGACUCUACAAUGACCUCCUUGAUCCUCUGAUAUGGAGGCCGGCAUACAACGGUGAGAUUGGUGAUAUUUGGGAGAGGAAGUUGAAGCUGCUGGACACGUACCAAGGGAUCGAUGAAAUCGAGAAGCGCCAUCUCCUCUCAAUCCUGGCAGUCUUGCGAAAGAUUGAGGACAACAGCUGGAUCAGACGUGAUGAAGAAGCCUGCUUGCGGGAGCUCUUAUCAGCACUCCCCGACUCUAGGGAUGAGUCCGAGAUCCUGAAGGUCAAUGAGGAGGGCGACCCGGCCGACAGGGUGCAUCGAUUCUCCUUCAAGCGUUUCCACAACCCCAUGGAUUUGUGGCGUAAUAGGGACAAAUCAUCUCAUUUGUCAUGCCAUCUAUAUUGUUUGUUCCCUACUCGUGUUGAGAUGCUUGCAUAUACCACUACUUCCUCCGUUUCCUAA